CGCGGCUGCGGGAGCCGGAGGAGGGGCAUGGAGCCGCCGCGGGCCUGCUGAGCACCGGAGCGCGGGCAGCCGGCGGCACGAUGCCGGUGCAGCUGACUACAGCCCUUCGUGUGGUGGGCACCAGUCUGUUUGCCCUGGUAGUGCUGGGGGGCAUCCUGGCAGCCUAUGUUACAGGCUACCAGUUUAUCCACACAGAAAAGCACUAUCUGUCCUUUGGCCUCUACGGUGCCAUCCUGGGUCUACAUCUGCUCAUCCAGAGCCUGUUUGCCUUCCUGGAGCACCGUCGCAUGCGCAGGGCAGGGCGCCCACUGAAGCUGCACUGCUCUCAGAGACGGCGUUCGGUGGCACUCUGCAUUGCUGCCUACCAAGAGGACCCUGAGUACUUGCGCAAGUGCCUUCGCUCAGCUCAGCGCAUUGCCUUCCCAAACCUCAAGGUGGUCAUGGUAGUGGAUGGCAAUCGCCAGGAAGAUGCCUACAUGCUGGACAUCUUCCAUGAGGUCCUGGGUGGCACUGAGCAAGCUGGCUUCUUUGUGUGGCGUAGCAAUUUCCAUGAGGCGGGUGAAGGAGAGACAGAGGCCAGCUUGCAGGAAGGCAUGGAGCGUGUUCGAGCUGUGGUGUGGGCCAGCACCUUCUCAUGCAUCAUGCAGAAGUGGGGGGGCAAGCGUGAAGUCAUGUACACAGCUUUCAAGGCCCUUGGCAACUCAGUGGACUACAUCCAGGUGUGUGACUCUGACACUGUGCUGGACCCAGCCUGCACCAUUGAGAUGCUUCGGGUCUUGGAGGAAGAUCCCCAAGUAGGAGGUGUUGGAGGAGAUGUCCAAAUCCUCAACAAAUACGAUUCAUGGAUCUCCUUCCUGAGCAGUGUGAGGUACUGGAUGGCCUUCAACGUGGAGCGGGCCUGCCAGUCCUACUUUGGCUGUGUGCAGUGUAUUAGUGGGCCUCUGGGCAUGUACCGUAACAGCCUCCUUCAGCAGUUCCUGGAGGACUGGUACCAUCAGAAGUUCCUAGGCAGCAAGUGCAGCUUUGGGGAUGAUCGGCACCUUACCAACCGAGUCCUGAGUCUUGGCUACCGGACUAAGUAUACAGCACGCUCCAAGUGCCUCACAGAGACCCCCACUAAAUAUCUCCGAUGGCUCAACCAGCAGACCCGCUGGAGCAAGUCUUACUUUCGGGAGUGGCUCUACAACUCUCUGUGGUUCCAUAAGCACCACUUGUGGAUGACCUAUGAGUCAGUGGUCACAGGCUUCUUCCCCUUCUUCCUCAUCGCCACAGUCAUACAACUUUUCUACCGUGGCCGCAUCUGGAACAUUCUCCUCUUCCUACUAACGGUGCAGCUGGUGGGCAUUAUCAAGGCUACCUAUGCCUGCUUCCUCCGAGGCAAUGCAGAGAUGAUCUUCAUGUCCCUCUACUCCCUUCUCUAUAUGUCCAGUCUGCUACCAGCCAAGAUCUUUGCUAUUGCUACCAUCAACAAGUCUGGCUGGGGCACUUCUGGCAGGAAAACCAUUGUAGUGAACUUCAUUGGCCUAAUCCCUGUGUCCAUCUGGGUGGCAGUUCUUCUAGGGGGGUUGGCCUACACAGCUUAUUGUCAGGACCUGUUCAGUGAGACUGAGCUAGCCUUCCUGGUCUCUGGGGCCAUCCUGUAUGGCUGCUACUGGGUGGCCCUCCUCAUGCUGUAUUUGGCCAUUAUUGCCCGGAGGUGUGGGAAGAAGCCAGAACAGUAUAGCCUGGCUUUUGCUGAGGUGUGAUAGAACCUUCAAGUAAAGUGGGAAAUGUGCAAUGGGUAAGGGAGGGAAGGGGAAUGGGACAGAAGGGGUGGGAGGGAGGAGGGCGUGUUGUGUUCUAGUUUCAUGGCUGAAAGGACCAAUGUGAAAAGCGAAGACCAGUGACUGGAGUGGUCUGGGUAGCUCUGCUCAGCAGAAGCGUGGCACUGAUUCUGUAGGCUCAGGGCAGAGAGACUUGUAUGUCACUUGGCUGCUUGCCCUUGCACAGGUAGUGAACUCUUGAGAAUCUUACUUCCUUCUGGGAACAAUAGAGAACCCAGAAGUAUGCUAAGCUAAGUGCUAAAUUCCAUCCUGUGUCAACUUCUGAUACAGAAGCAAGCAAUGACAGCCCAUAGACAGUGUCUUCCUCCCCAUGUGAGCAUGACGAGCUGUAGGAGUUGUUACUGGCCAGCCUGGCCAGCUGGUGUCCCCUUCCCUAACUCCAAUUAGCCAUCAAUGCAUUAAGAUUGUGCCUGAGAUAACAAGGCUGGGAAGCCUGACCUUUGGUCAAAAAACAGGGUCUAAGAAGUGGUGCUUUAUGUAAUUAAUAUAUUCCACUCCACAUGAAAACAUCCCAGGGAUGAGCCAAGACACCAGGAGUAAGUACUUAGUUUGGUGGGGUUUUUUUUGUUUU